CUACUUCAUUCCAAGAUGGCGAAACGCAAGCGUUUACAUGCUGCUGAGAAAUUACAACAAAAGUCAGCUAAAAUUCCAAAACAGGAGGUUAAGAUAAAACCAGUCAGACACUCUGAUGAUCCCCACCAGAAAAAGCCUAAAUGGAUCAACAAGCAAAGAGUGCUGAUAUUUUCAUCGAGGGGAAUAUCCUUCAGGGAUCGUCACCUAAUGUCAGACCUCAGAACUCUCUUGCCUCAUUCUAAACCUGAUACAAAGAUGGACCGGAAGGACAAAUUGCUUGUAGUUAAUGAGAUCUGUGAGAUGAAGAACUGCAACAAAUGUAUAUUCUUUGAAGCUAAGAAGAAGAAGGAUCUUUACAUGUGGGUGUCCAGUGUUCCCAGAGGACCAUCAGUGAAGUUUCUAAUUGAGAAUGUUCAUACAAUGGAAGAAUUAAAGAUGACAGGCAACUGUUUGAAAGGAUCUAGACCACUGUUGUCUUUUGACAAGAACUUUGACACACAGCCACAUUAUGCAAUCAUAAAGGAAAUCUUCAUUCAGACGUUCAGCACUCCGAAUCACCAUCCGAAGAGUCAGCCGUUUGUGGACCACGUCCUGACCUUCUCAAUACUUGACAACCGAAUAUGGUUCCGCAACUAUCAGAUACUAGAGGAAGAUGGAUCUUUAGCUGAAAUCGGACCCCGGUUUGUUUUAAACCCAAUCAGGAUCUUUGAGGGAAGCUUUGGAGGACCAACUUUGUUUGAAAAUCCCCAGUACAUUUCUCCAAAUCAGUAUCGCAAGCAGCUGAAACUAUCGACGGCCGACAAGUACAAGAACAAGCAGGAUGCGAAGACUGCUCAUCAGUUGAGACAUGCCAAGCAAGGCAACACGUACAAAGUCAAUCCGACCGACGACAUAUUCCAGACGUUGCCACCCGAGGAGGCCGUGGGCGUAGAGAAAAAGAUGUUCUCUCGAAAGCGGUCGUUGAGAAAAAUCGGCACGGUAAAGCGUACACCGUGACCGCGUGCCGGAGAGGGUGCAGGGUGAAUGGCAUUAACCAGGACUGUCUGCAUGGCUGUAACUAGAGCGGCAAGAUGCAAGGUACAUCAAGGCAUCUACUGGGAUCAAGUCCACGUAACUGUAAACAAAAUAUGGAGCGUGGUGCGUGGUCAGUUGCGGGUUACAGCUCUACUGGGAUGUGUGGCAGCAGGUGUAUCAGUAGGAAAACCCAUGACUGUAUCACGUGAGAAUUCUCAUCCUUGUGUCCUAGUAAAGAAGCGAGACCACCGUGCUUUGACAUAAGUAAAAGGAGGGGGAAUCAGUGAUGCCAAAAAUUGUACACAUGUAUGUUAAAAUAAAAUGUGCCAGCAUUGUUCAAACACAAUAUUGGCAAAUUGAAGUCGUGGCAUUUUCUCUGAAUGUAUUUGAACAAACAUGGCCGUUACUGCUGUUGUCACGGUAUAGGUAAUAAUAAGACGCUCAGUAUUCGCGAGUAUGAUCGUUACUAGUAAGUGAUUGCUAAUCAUGAUCUCCGUGAUUACAACGCAUUUCUAGAGAAUAAAAGCACCCAUAUUAUCUAGUAAUAUUUGUGUAAUGCUAUAUCUAUGGCAUGAUCGCAGAGUAAUAUGUUUGUUAUCAAAUAUGCUGACAACUAUACAACUGAACUGUGUAUGUUAUAAAGAGAACCAAGAUAAAAAAUUCUGUUGUAAACAAA